AUGGGGUUCCAACAAUUCAUAUCUGAAACAAAUAUAGGAUAUGUAGGGGGAAUAUCAGUAGCAUGUAAAGAGGAGGAAUUAGAAAUUUCUAUUGGAAUCAAAGAUGAGCAGUAUGUGCAUGUUCAGGUGAAAAGUAAACAAGGGCAUGAAUGGCUAUUCACUGCUGUUUAUGCCAGUCCAAAUGAGCAGAAAAGAAGAGGUCUUUGGGAAAAGUUGAAGAUCAUAGCAGGUACAAUCAAUAUUUCGUGGCUUGUUGCCGGUGAUUUUAAUGAUAUUGCUUUUGCCAAGGAGAAGAAAGGAGGGAGUAUAGUCUCUGUGCGGAAAUGUAAAAUAUUUAGGGACAACAUGGAAGAAUGCAAUCUGACUAACAUGCAAACAAAGGGCCCUUACUACACUUGGAGAGGUCCUAUUUACCAUGGAGGGCAGAGAAUUUAUGAGAGAUUGGAUAGAGCCAUAAGCAAUGAGGCAUGGCGGUUAAUGUUCACGGAAGCACAUGUUAAGGUUCUAACUCGGGUUGAUUUUUCUGAUCAUCACCCGAUUAUGAUCAUGUUACAUUAUAGCAAGUAUGAGACGUACAAUAAACCGUUUAGAUUCGAAAAGUGCAUGGAUGGUGGAACAUAA